AUGUUGAUUCAGCAGAAAGCAGGGUCACUCAGCUUCAAAGCAUUGGAAGUCAUCCUUGCUUGCUCUCCGGAUCGCUUUCGUUUUAAGCCCUCUUGCACAGAGUCCUUCCAAGUUGUGGUGACAGGAAAUGGCUUCCGACACGCACGGAAUGUGGAUCGAGUCCUCUGUAGCUUCAGAAUCAACGAGACAGUCACGCUCAAGAGUCCUUGGAUUACAACAAUUCGUUUGGUGACUAUUGAAAGUUACCACAGCAAAUUCGGCAACAAAAAGAAGAAACAUAUUCAAUAUGAGAAACCCUUUGUGGUGGAGGACACCUACUUACUCUGCCCGGCACCUGUCUUACAAGAAGCUGGCAUGGAAGCUGCUCUCCAAGUGAGCAUGAACGAUGGUCUCAGCUUCAUCUCCAGCUCCGUUAUCAUCUCCAGCACACACUGCUCUGACGGGACCAUCCUGGCAAUCAUCUUGCUGAUCCUCUUCAUUCUCUUGGCUCUGGCUCUUCUCUGGUGGUUCUGGCCACUUUGCUGUACUGUGGUAAGUCCCUGGAACCCAUUCUCCCUUUGGCUGGUCUUCUGCGUCAAAAGAGGAGAAAAUCACUCCCAGAGAAAGCCACAAGGCUGCUUACGAUGAAUAGUUUUUGUAAGGGGGAAGACAUCCUCCCUUUCGGCUGCGCUAGUUUGUCAGAUGAAGUCAUCUAAAAAUAUGGAUGCUGUGGGUCUGUGUUUCCUGCAGAAGUGAGACUUCUGGGAAUGUAUGAGGUUUAGGAUUCCAUGAGACUUCAACUUUUGCAUUGAUGUGAGUUUAUUCAGCCUGCCAUUGCACAAUCGUGCUCGGCCCAAGGGGUGCUAGAUCUAUUGGUUCUAGAUCUGCUUUCUCCAGACCAUAGGAAGCUGAAGAAGACAGAAACAAUAGAAGGCAGCUAACCAUGAAAGACCAACCCUACAGCCAGAAACGAGCACUCCCAUGGUGGUAUCCAAAACAUGCCCGUACGAUCAACACGAUUCUUUCACAGGAAUUACAGCUUACCCAGAGUAGGCUGGGUUCUGUUCUAGCAGUUCUGUUCUCCAGGAGGACUUGUGCUAUUGUUGGCAUUUUCCCCUCUCUCAAUUCUAUUCUAUUUGAUUUGAUUUGAUUCUACAUUCUAGUCUA